AUGGCUCAAGACGGCGGCGCGGUCAGUGGCGACCCUGACGUCUCCGCCGCGUCGGAGACCCGCGCCACGUUCAGCGGCCAUUCAACGGCGCCGGACGAGAGCCCACGUAACGUGAGCCACCAGCGCAACACCGCCGGCGUUGGAAAGGCUCCAGGCGUCCGUCCCUAA